GAAGCGGCAGUGCCGGUGGCUCCCGGCGGCGGCUCGGCCGGGCGGGCGCAGCCGCUCCCCGCACCAGCGGCGGGGCAGCGCAGCUGGCAUGGUGCUGGCGGUAGCUCGCCGCGCCCGCGUUGCACGGAGGAAGCCCGAGCGGAACCGCGAUGGAGAUGCUGCUGCCGCCCGUAUGUACCAAACUUUGCCAUCAGAAGCCCUUGGAUCUGAAAGAUGAUAACACUGAAAUUCACUGUCCUAUUACAGUAAAUCCAUUGCACAUGAAGAAAGCUUUUAAAGUUAUGAAUGAAUUAAGAAGUCAAAACUUGCUGUGUGAUGUGACGAUAGUAGCUGAAGACAUGGAAAUUGCAGCGCAUAGAGUUGUGUUAGCCGCCUGCAGCCCCUACUUCCAUGCCAUGUUUACAGGUGAGAUGAGUGAAAGCCGAGCAAAAAAGGUACGAAUAAAGGAAGUUGAUGGCUGGACUCUAAGGAUGCUUAUUGAUUAUAUUUACACUGCUGAAAUUCAAGUUACAGAAGAAAAUGUGCAGGUACUGCUUCCAGCAGCUGGUCUCUUGCAACUGCAGGAUGUGAAGAGGACUUGCUGUGAAUUUUUGGAAUCCCAGCUUCAUCCUGUCAACUGCCUGGGGAUUCGUGCUUUUGCUGACAUGCAUGCAUGCACAGAUCUCUUGAGCAAGGCCAACACAUAUGCAGAACAGCACUUUUCCGAUGUCGUACUUAGUGAAGAAUACCUCAAUCUUGGUGUAGAGCAGGUGUGCAGUCUGAUAUCCAGUGACAAACUCACAAUUGCCUCAGAGGAGAAGGUAUUUGAAGCAGUGAUAGCCUGGGUGAACCAUGACAAAGAUGUAAGGCAGGAGUUAAUGGCACGUCUGAUGGAGCAUGUUCGGCUGCCUUUGCUUUCCCGGGAGUAUUUAGUUCAGAGAGUUGAAGAGGAAAUAUUGGUUAAGAACAGCAGUGCUUGUAAAGAUUACCUCAUUGAAGCUAUGAAGUAUCACUUGCUACCAACUGAGCAACGGGCAUUGAUGAAAAGCACACGGACAAAAUUGAGAACACCUGCUAGCCUCCCAAAAUUGAUGAUGGUAGUUGGGGGACAGGCACCAAAGGCAAUUCGCAGUGUUGAAUGCUAUGAUUUUAAAGAAGAACGCUGGCAUCAGGUAGCUGAAUUGCCUUCUAGAAGAUGUAGAGCAGGAAUGGUGUACAUGGGAGGCAUGGUUUAUGCUGUUGGUGGUUUCAAUGGCUCUUUGAGAGUUCGUACAGUAGAUUCCUAUGAUCCAGUGAAGGACCAGUGGACAAGUGUUGCUAACAUGCAAGACAGAAGAAGCACGCUGGGAGCAGCUGUAUUAAAUGGCCUUUUGUACGCUGUGGGAGGAUUUGAUGGGAGUACAGGUUUGUCAUCAGUUGAAGUUUACAACUUGAAGACUAACGAGUGGUUUCAUGUAGCUCCAAUGAACACAAGAAGAAGUAGUGUUGGCGUAGGUGUUGUUGGAGGGAAGCUGUAUGCUGUUGGUGGCUACGAUGGAGCAUCUCGGCAGUGCCUUAGUUCAGUAGAAUGCUAUGAUGCCAAUUCCAAUGAGUGGAGCUAUGUCGCAGAAAUGAGCACGAGGCGGAGCGGAGCAGGUUUUUUCAACCCACAGAAGUUGUUUUAUUUCUCUAGAUGCGUUCCCAUGGACUUUUUCAAGUCAAAUUCCAUGAUAUUAUUUUCUACAUUUAUUUUUUUGUGGUAAAGUCACUUUUUUUGCCAAGUACUUAAUGGUUUUUAGCAACACCCUUCAAGUAUCUACUGGUGAUUGCAUUAAUGUGCUUUAUAAUGGGAAGAGAUAUUGCUACAAAUAAAUCAGAAUUGACUUCUAGUGUGCUCAGUAUAUGAUUAAUAAUUACCCCAACUUCUCUCAUCUUACCUUCCAUUAUUCUUUGUUAACUCUGAACAGUUUUUACCUAUAUAAAGUUUAAAUUAAGUUCAAAUAAUUUCAAAAGAAAUCUAUGAAAGUACCAAAUUUGUUACUAAAAUUAAGAAUGUCUGUGAUAUUUCCAUCAUAUUGUUACAAGGUCAGCAAGCUGAUAACUCUUAUUACUAAAAGUCAUGUUUUGAUUCUAUUUCUAAACUAAAACUUCGAUGUUAAUGAAGGAAACAUAACACUGUACCUCAAGAAAACACAGUUGUCUUGUGAAACUUCUAGUAACUUAAUAUGUGCUUCUUGGAAGUAAAUUCUGGAUUAAAAACUGGACAGAGUUCCAGCAAAGGUACUGGAAAAUAUUCCUGUCCAAUACUGGCAAUUUUUGAGGAAAAUAUUUAUAUAAAAUAGCAAGUUACAAGUUAACAUUAUAAAGACAAAUAGUGUUAGUGGGUUAUGACAGUUUCAUUUUGCAGUCUGCCUGCACAAACAUUUUGUUUCAGCAUUUGGGCUUUAUUUUUUGAUACUCUGUUUUUGCAAAGUGUUGUUGUGCUUGUAGCCUAUUUAUACAGUAGAUGUUUUCAGAUUUUUUUUUUAAAUGUCGAAUCUUCUACAACUCUGAAAUUUAGUUCCUUAAAUAUACUAACUACUGGGAUCUUCCUACCCCUCUCCUCUCUUCCCUUGUCCCCGUGUUUGCUGAUUCAACUCUCUUCUGCCUUUGACCUGGUCCACUGAUUAAAAAAAAUGGAGAGGAAAACUAAAUGUAGACACUUAUUUCAGAUUCAUAUAAUUGAGUAAAAUAAUCAAUAUUCUUCUGUGCCACUCUAUUAAAUACAUGAAAAAUUAUAUUUUUGCAUGGCAGAGGAGUGGAUGCUAAUGUGACUGUUGAUUGAGUUUGACUGAAAAGGCCAAAUAGCCAAACCCACUAGAACUGUUUCAACUGGCAAUCAGUGCUGGUGGUCUUAUGGGGCCUAACUAAAGAGAAUUUUGUUCCUGUAUUAAGCUUUUGGAUGUCCAAUCAUCUCAAAGAAUUUAAACUCAUCUCUUCUGUUCCUACUGCUUCAGCUUCACUCAAAACCAACUUUUCAGAGGUUAACCCUCAGUUACUCUUCUUUAGUAGCCACUGCUUCUCACUUGAUCAAUACGGGGACAAAUCUGUUUCCAGCAGCAUAUUGGGAGGAGGAACUUCAGAUCCAGAUAUAGGCCAUUUGGGAGGGCUGAGAGAUAUAAGACAGGGUCCUGAAAAAUGGGCAGGAAAGAAAAAUAACAAAGAAAGGAGAACUCAGAAGACGGCAACAAGAGGAUACAGACGGAAGGAGCAAGAAAUAAGGUAGGACCUGGAAACUGGGUGUGGGAUUAAGGGAAAAUGAAGCACUGUGUAGGAACGGAGGACAUUAUUAAAAAUAAGGAGCUGGGAAAGAAAAAAGUGGCAAUGUGGCAGAGGGAAAGCUCUACACACUGAAUAGGAAGGCCAGUAACUCUAUUGAAAGCAUGGGUGGGGGGAUUUAUAUCACAUCCCAUAUUUAAACUGAAAAUCAUAGCCCUCCUUCUAGCUCUGUAAUGUUUAAUUCUACAAAAGAUGAAUAUGGUACUAUCCUGUCUAAUAAAGUGUGAUCAGGGUGGGAGAAAGAAAAGUUGUCAUACUAUACUGUGGCAUGAUAGCUAGAAAUAAUAGCAAUAAAAGAGGAAUUAACUGGGAAGAAUAUGGGGAAAUGCUAACAGUGAAUAUUACUGAUAAAACACUAAAUAGCAUGAUUUAUAAGACUGUCCUAUUGAGAAGCUAUUUUUCAGAUUUACAGUACUAAUUAGCUUCCAUGUUUCCUUCCUCUCUUAAUUAUUAAAAUAAGAAAGUUUAGUCAUUUCAGCAGGAGUAAUUUCUCUCCACAUAUAGAAAUGGCUCUUAAAUACAGAAUUAGUAAUGUGUUUUUAAAGAUAUUUCAGCUGGUUAUUAAGGUCUCGGGGUUCUCUUUUUUCCUUUUUUUUUCUCCUUUUUUUUUUUUGACCCCCAAUAUUUUUUUCCUUUGAGGAACUUAUUUGAUUUUUCACAUUUAUAUUUCUUGUUUUCCUUUAAAAAGAUUUUAAGUAGUUCCCUUUCCAUGGAAUACUUUAUGAGCUGUGUUUGCAAAUCUGUAUCUCUGCUUUGAAUUUCAUAGUCUUAAAUGUGGCAUUUAUUAGAUCUUCCAGUAUACUUUCAUAGAAGUGCUUUUUUAGUUGUCUUUAUGAUCCAUCACUCAGAAGUUUUAAUGCAAACAAACCCCUACGUUUCUGAAAUUUAUUAUGUUUGGUUUCUAAUAAUGCAUUAUAAAGGGAGGAAUAAAUAAACAGGCCUUUGUUUCUGCUUCCCCCAUUUCCAUCUUUUCAAUAUAUGCAGCCCAAAUAGCAAGUAGAUAGAAAUAGCUUUACUCACGCCUUUAUUCCAAGCUCACAGAUUGAUAAACUUUUGUUGUAAAGUAAAGGAGACCUUAGGAUUAAAGGACAUCCUUUAAUUUCCUUUUGGAUAUUUUGAUAACUGAAGCUUGGUUCAAAGACGCUUGGUGUUCUUCAAAUCCCAGAGAAGGUACUCACUGCUAACUGUUUACUUCUGUUCCAUCUGUUUACAAGGUAUUCCAACACUUCAGUGGAAACAUCCCUAUUGUAUAAUGUCUAUCCAUUGAGCUUUUAUCCUCUGUACUGUGCGGUUUUACUUUCUAAAAGUUCACUUACACUUUAUCAUCAUGUCAGAUUUCUGUUAUGCUGGCUGAGCACAUUGUCUCAUUUACUGUCACUUCUAAUUAGUCCUAAAUUUCAACAAGCCUCAUUUUCCUGCACGUCAUUUUUUGUCCAAAAUUUUCUAAAUCUUCUGUUGCAGAACAGCUCUGGUGUUUGUAUGCUGCAAUAUGGUAGAUGGGCAUGCAAGGCAUUUUAUCAGUGUCUUGCUGUAGUUACUGUCUCUCUGCUUUAAUGCAUCCUGACCCAAAUGUUUUCUGAAAUAGUUUCCAACAUUGACUUAAUGAAGGAUUUAUGUUAGCUGACAUAUUUGUUGUUUAUCCUUUGUAUCAUUCAAAUAAUUAUCUAGUUAAUUCUGCAUAUUUUCAUAUGUUUGCAGGUGUUGGUGUGUUAAACAAUUUAUUGUAUGCAGUAGGUGGUCAUGAUGGUCCUUUAGUGAGAAAAA